UCUUGCUCGAGACUGACAGCAGACCGCAACCUCUGUUACCUCAAAACCACAGCUCGUUCGCACCUUUACCUUCAUCCACUUUGCAAAAAAGUCACAAAGUUUAAAACGAUACGGAUUAAAACAGGCUAUAUAUUCAUUUUCGGAAACGGCUUGCCAGUGUUUUAGCUCGCGGCGAUUUACCUCAAACUCCGCCAAACAGACAGUUUGACAGCGCGUGCCCAAAUUUGAUGCGCGUCGGCUCGCCAAACGUCGCCACGUUGAGGAAACCGAUCUUUUGCUCCGCCGACACGCCGCCAACGCGAUUAGACUGCUCAGCAAAUAGCGGCAAGAACUCUGAAACCACAUGUGCUCGUCUCCAAACCGGAGAGACGCGGUUUUAUUUGUCUUCUGAGAGAAAAGAGUUGGCUGCAAGCCGCACUGACAGACACAAGGGGAGGACGGAGGGCUCGUGAGAGGAGCGUUAAGACCAUUGGAAAUACACGCGGUGGGUAACAUUUACGUCUGUUUUGGCACUACUGCAUGAACAGUUGAAUUAGACGAGGAAAAUGUAGUCUGUGUGGGUGACUUUCGAAGCUAAGAGGAGGAAAACGUUCUCGGUGAAUGGCGCUUUAAACGUGAAGAAGAGAGGUCGGUAGUUGUGGAAUAUUCAAUGUAAAUAGCUGUGACAAGUUGAAUGGUCUCAACAUUGCCGUUAUUAAUAAGCGCUGAAGUGCCCAACUCAAAUCAAAAGCUGCAUGACGUACUUUAACUUGGAAAACAAUGUCUUUAAAAUGCUUCUUCUAAAUGUUUCUCCAUUGUGACCUGAACAUUUUGAAUGAAGAUACAAAGAUGGGCCGUUCAUUUCGAUGGCAAUAGUAACGUGACGCGCACGCGCUGGGGAGAGCCAGUCACCUGCUCACAAAGGUAAACACACCUUUACAGAUCCGAGCUUUAAACUUCAUUCAAAAUGAUGACCAGCGGACCCAACAUCGUCUACGAAUGGUUGAAAACCCUUCAGCUGUGUCAAUAUGUCGAGGCUUUUGUGGAUAACGGAUACGACGAUUUGGAAGUUUGCAAGCAGAUAGGAGAUCCAGACUUGGAUGCCAUAGGUGUUUUUAUACCGCACCACCGGCAGCGGAUUCACGAUGCGGUGAAGAGGUUAAAAGACGAUGACAAGGAAACUGCGACUGGGCUUUAUUUUACCCUGGAGCCGAUGCCCGCGGUCUCACCUAUGUACACGAGUCGCAUGGCGGAGCAGUAUGAUUCUAGGAUGCGGGGCUCCAGGUCAUGGACCGAGCAAAGCAGUGACAGAGCCGGCCGCAACGUGGGCUACAUGGGGGCGCCUAGGAAUUUGACCCUGGGCCACCGCAAGGAGCUGGAGAUCUACCCAAAAUUGAAGCUGAAGAUAAUGGUCAGGGACAAACUCAUUAGGGACGGAAUAAAUCUUGCCAGGCCGCCAUACUCUAAUAAGGACGGCUCGCUGGGUAACAUCGAUGACCUGGCACAAGAGUACUCGGAGUACUACAACACAUACUUCAGUGACGUCAGCGAUCGGAUGGAGGAGCUACGGAAGCGGCAAGUCUCUCAAGAGGUAGACAUGGAAAAAGCAGACACAAGCUCUGGAUCUUUACAGAUGUGCUCAGACAUCCAGGAAUCAUUUGGCUUCAGCAGUGAAGUGUCCACUCCAGAGACAGAGAGAAAAAUUGCUCUGCACAAGUCCAGCUCUGAGGAUGGAUCAGGAAAGUGGGACAACAAGAAGAAAAACAAAUCCUUCUGGCAGAACUUCCGAAAGUCACAGAAAGGGGUCACAAGGCAAACGUCAAAAGGAGAGGACAUUGGCUAUGUGGCCAGUGAUAUCACCAUGAGCGAUGAAGAACGGAUCCAGCUGAUGAUGAUGGUCAAAGAGAAGAUGAUCACAGUGGAAGAGGCGUUGGCACGGUUAAAGGAAUAUGAGAGGAACAGACAUUUGAGCUGCAGUACAGACACAUCAGAGUGGACUGAUGGACCCAGUCCCACUGUUAACCUCUCCUCCACCUGCAAUUCUGUGGAGCAGUCAGACGAGGAACAGGAGGACUCGGUGAAGUUCAAGAGGCUUCAUAAGCUGGUCAACUCAACUCGACGUGUCCGCAAGAAACUCAUCAAAGUGGAUGACAGCAAAAGGCACGAUUCACAAGAUUCCCUGAGUCUGGAUGCAACUCCCCUAUGUGACGACUUAAACGCACUCUACGCGGGAAUCCACAAAAAGCCGCCCGUGUGCACAGACACCUCUUUGUCCUCCCUUGCCCAAGAACAGCUCUCUCUGGAUGGAGACACGGACAGUCUGACCACCUCUCCCUCAACCAGCAGCCUUGAGGCCUGGAAAGCUGCUCACAAUCUUGUGAAGACCCCCAGCGCGCACCCCCACGGUCUGAUCCGCCCGCCGCGGAAGAGCAGUGACGGACCUGGACUGGGUUUGGCUUGUAGUGGUUCCUCCUUCUCCGAAUUGGAAGGUGUUGGAGACGACAACUCCAAAGUCUCCCGCUCGGCAACAGACGGAGAAAUGCAAAAAGCUUUGUCAUCUCUAUCUCACGGGGUAAGUACCGACAGCGUCUACGCCUUUUACGGCCUCACUAGGCCCCGCCCAAAGCCACACCCCCUUUUGGUGUCUUUAGAUGACAUUAACAACACCAAGCGGCCGCCCGUCUCCACAUGGCAGCGCAAUAAACCCGACCCGAACUACGCGUACUCCACCAAGCACCUGCUCUACCAACGUUCCUGUAAUGCUCAGAAAACCAGCGCCCCCACCUCACCUCCUGUUCGGGAGCUCCCGUUGGCCAGAGAGAAGGGGAAGAGCUGCGGGAGCGGUGUAGUGGGCAGCUGGUUGUUUCCGCCCAGGCGUCUGAAGGGGAGGACGGCGGUUAGCGAGCUCAAUAUCACGUAUGUGGUGGAACGCAGCCUGUACGGCCACUUGAAUUGGACCGGGCUGGUUAGACCCGUCACGCUGAGCAAAGCAGACAGACGCUGGCUCCUGGAGGACGAAAAAGAUGCGAACAGGAAGUGGGCGUCCAGCAUGGAUCGCUGCACCAAGCGGGUGCUCUUACGCAUCCAGCAGAAGUCUAGAACGUGUAGCUUCGGAGGAUUCGACCUGUCUAAUCGUUCCCUACAUGUGGUCAACACAGCGUCUGAGGCGAGCGAGGCUCUGUACAGAGAUCCUGUUAAAUCGCCCACCACGUCCCGCAUCUCUCUAGGGAAGAAAGUCAAGUCUGUCAAAGAGACGAUGAGGAAACGCAUGUCCAAGAAAUAUGCAGGGUCUCUCUCUGAACAGUCCAGUCUAGAUGGGACACCCAGUUGUCCUCAGUCUCCUCAACCAGACACAGACUCUCUGGAGAAACCCAAACUGAAAGCAGGAGGGUCUGUAGAGAGUCUGCGCAGCUCCCUUAGCGGACAGAGCUCCAUGAGUGGCCAGACAGUGAGCACCACAGAUUCAUCCGCCAGUAACAGAGAGAGCGUAAGAAGCGAAGACGGUGAUGACGAAGAGCCUCCGUACAGAGGUCCGUUCUGCGGCCGGGCACGAGUACACACCGACUUCACACCCAGUCCUUAUGAUUCAGAUUCCCUCAAGCUCAAGAGAGGAGAUGUGAUUGACAUCAUCAGCAAGCCGCCCAUGGGCACGUGGAUGGGUCUGCUCAAUAAUAAAGUGGGCACGUUUAAGUUCAUCUACGUGGAUGUGCUGGCUGAGGAAGAGGAGAAACCCAAGCGAGCGGUUCGCAGGAGGAGGAAGGGCAGGCCGCCUAAACCCAGCUCUGUAGAGGAGCUCCUGGAGAGGAUAAACCUGAAAGAGCAUAUGCCGACGUUUCUGUUUAACGGCUAUGAGGACUUGGACACAUUUAAGUUAUUAGAGGAAGAAGAUCUGGAUGAACUUAACAUCAAAGACCCUCAACAUAGAGCUGUACUGCUGACUGCUGUUGAACUCCUGCAGGAUUACGACAGUAGCAGCGAUCCGGAACGCAGCGCCCUCUCUGGCUCCCAGGAGAAACUCCCCUGUGAGGGGCGUGGCCUCAUGGCCGACUCGCCACGGGACUCUGGUUGCUACGAAAGCAACGAAAACCUAGAGAAUGGAAAGAGUCGUAAGACAUCACGCCACAGUCGGCGAUCAUCUGGAUUUGAUAGUGGGGUCAUGAAGUCUCCAGACUAUCCUACUCUCCCUAUGACUCAUUCCACUGAAGCUCUCCAACAGCAGGCCAAGAAAGAACGCAAGUUCCCGAAGACCUUCCUUCCCCGGCCCAUAAAGGGCUUAAGUCUGCGAAACCUUGGUCUCAAGAAGGGAUCCAAAGUAGGACAGACCUCCCGCAUGCCGGUCAGCCGUAGCUGUGAGGAGCUGGAUGGCCCUCAGGAGACCCCUGAGUCCUGGAAGCGUUCACAUUCGUUAGGGGAUCUACGUUGGGAACAUGCCUACGAUCAGAGGAAGGACCACCAGGUGCAGAACAAGAAGCAAAGCAGCAAGAAAGAGGAAGUAAAAGCAGAUCCUGUAAAAUCAAAACCAGAGCAGGGUGGAGAUACGUCUGGAAGAGAGACGAGCUCAGUGGAGAGACCCACGGUUCCCACACAGCUGUCCCUCAGCCCGGUCAGAGCCCUGCCUGCUGUUCCCUCAAACCGUCAACCGGUCUCUGCCCCGACCAGCCCGGCUCCACGAACUCACCCUAAAAAACCACCCGUUCCACCUCCCGUGCCUGCUAAGAAGUCCAAAGAACGUCUGCCGAAUGGUUUGCGCCACCCUCCGCUGGUUCUGUCAGGUUCAGUGCCAAAUACACCAACCCUACCACCGAAACCCAUAAGCUCCCCAGCCACCCCCUCUGGGGGUACACCAUCAACCCCAGUAUCACCGGGUGAUCCUGGAAGUCCACCAGCUCUUAGUCCACCCUGGUUUUCUGACCUGUCUGGAUCAGCAUGUCCUCAGAUCCACGGAGCAAAAGUAGCCCUCAACAGGAAGACCUCACAUGCCAAAAUGGUCGACAUGGAGAGUUUACUGGAAGAGAGAAUGCGAUUAGAAGGCAUUGACCUCACAGAAGAGCCGUAUUCUGAUAAGCACGGUCGGUGUGGUAUUCCUCGGCUCUUAGUACAGAGAUACUCAGAGGACUUUCAGCUGCCAGUUAAGGACGUGGCGUCCAGUCUGGAUCAGAUCAGAGUUAAACAACUGCGCAAGGAGCAUCGCAUGGCUAUUCCCUCAGGAGGUUUGACCGAAAUAUGUCGUAAGCCAGUGUCUCAUGUUCACGUGAUCUCCGUUUCUGAUUGGCUUGUGUCAAUUGGAAUGCCCAUGUAUUGUGCCCCUCUAAUGGCUGCAGGCUUUGACACUCUGGGCCGGGUGUCAUCCUUGAACGAGGCAAGCGCGAGGGAGGCGGGGCUGAAGGAGGAGCAUCACAUACGUAUUCUUCUCAUCGAGGCUCAGCUAAUCACAGCCAACAGUUCAGUACAGUCAUAAAACAGACGUGAGCUUAUAUAACUGAUAUGAAAUUGAUGAAACUCAUCUGCCAGGCAAAGGUACAUGCCUGGGGGUGUACAAGAGCAACAACUGCCCUAGCUGUUGCAGUAUAUCAAGAAUCAAUUUCCAAUAUCUGUCUUCUGGUAUUCUCACAGCUGUCUGACGCUUACAGAAAUGACUGAUUUGGCGUCCUAGGACUGUUACUGAGGGCUUUUCAACAGAUGUUUCUAUAGAAACAUCUAGAUUGGCUCGCAUAAACUGCCUGUCGAGAGAAAGCACAGUUUUUUCAGAGAAUUUAUGCUUUUGUAUGACUUAAAGACUGUUCUAAACUCCUUUUUCACUUUUUUCAUAAAGUGUGAAAUUUAUUUAGAAAAAGCUGUAAAGGAAAAAUGUGUUGAAGGACAUCAAGUAUGGAGAGUAUGUCACCUGGCCAAAGCAAUUUAAUUUCAUCCAGGUUUUGUUAAUAUAAUAUUACUUUUGUCUCAAAGCAUAUGUAUAUUAAAUAUGUACUGUAUAUCGAAAGAAAUUUCCUCUUCGGUGAGUCAUGUAAAGGGUAUAUGUAGAAAAUUCUCAAUAGCAUGAUAUUGCCAUAUGGGGAUAGUUAGAGUAAUGUACAUUUUGAUUUCAGGCCAAUGGUUCGCCAUUGUUUUUGCAGGUAUGUAUUAUGUUUGUGUAGAGAGUGAUGAAACCAUUUCAUGAACCAUUUCUCACGGUCACAUUUUAAAGCAUCACUUUUUAUAUUCUGCUUAACAUAAUACUGUAUAUUCAAAGCACAUGUAAUCUUUUGGCACAGAAUAUCCAAAAACAUGACUUACUCAUCAGCUACAGGAUAUAAAUGUUUAUUAAUGCUUACAUAAGAUCAGUUAUAUGUUGCCUCUGUUAUCUUGAAAAUUAUACUGAUGGGCAUUGCGUACCUCUUUACCAUACUCAACUCGUACAUCAUACAGCUGUAAUAUGCUUGCUGAAGUGAAAUAUGUUUUUUGUCCCAGAUUUCCUUGCACUUUGAUUGAGGUAUUGAAGACAUUUUUUAAUUUUUAAAAAGCUUCUAAGGCCUUGAAGUACAAGCAAAUCGAUGCAAAUCAAGACAUAUGCAUGCCUUUAAAGGAUUUCGCAAUGUUUCCUGCUACCAGAACAUGUAGUAGUACAGUUGUGUGCAUGCAGUUGCACAGAUAUUGUAAAUUCCUCUUAAGAUUUUUUGUCACAUGAGGUCUGUGUUAACUGUGGGAUGGACAAAAUAUUUCUCACACAUCUGGUGUUGGUUGGGGGCGUUCUCUGAGACAGACAGACAGCAUCUGGCAAACACUUCUCCUAAAAUAAAAAAUGAGCGAUAGCUGACUUCUGUUAGUUACGUUUAGGCAUUCGUAUGAUGUCAUCGCAACUCACUGGUUUAAAGAAUUACAUCACUCCAAGUUAAGCACAACCAAGCAAGUUUCGGGCUAUUUUUGACUGAGCUGACACAAAAGUGAUCAUUUCAUUAGAUUUCUUUCCCCCCACAACAAAAAUGAAAUUGUCUUUUUGACAAUUAUCUUAUCAAUGACAAAUAUCUUUUUCACCAUAAUUGAUGAAGAAUCAUAAUAGUUUUUCUUAUUCUGUUCACUCUUUUGUAUCUGAUGCAGCACAAUGUAUAGACUGUAACCAUUUUCAGGGUUAACAAUGGAAUUUAAAAUAUAGAGUCAAUAGAUUCGAUUAUAUCAGAAUGGAUGCCUCCAUAUUUCUUUUAGCGUGGGCUUGGAUAAUGAUGCUUUUUAUGUCAUUUAAAAUAUAUAUAAUUUGAUGUUACUGUAAAAAUGCACUUUAUUAAAGAAAGAUUUUUUCCAUUGUAGAGAAAAUUACAUAACAAAUUAACAUUUUAAUACAGGAUGUAAGCAGAUUUGCAUUCAGGUCAUAUGUAAAAGGUUGAGGUGCAUUGUGGCAGUCUCUAACAAAGAAUGUAAAAUUUCCAAUUCUUGUUGAAAAAUUCAUUAAAAAACUCAUUAAAGAACUAACCAUGACCAGUUAAUUAUUUGAAAGAUGGGAAAACUGGGUUGUAAUUACAUAUCUGAAUGAUUAACAGAAGUUGCACAUUCUGUAUAUGUAAUUGAUAUUUAAAUAACUUAUUUUUUAUUUUACAUCAACUGUAAUUAUUAGCUGUACUAUACAUCAUAGAGCAAUACCCUUCCGUCUGGUUAGCCGUGCUUCAAUAACCAUUGUAAAAUAUAUGUAUAAAAAUGAUUUUAUCUGGUUUCAGUUUGCUAAUGAUUGUCUAGAAAAUUUUGCUUGAAUAUUUACAAAGAAAUGUCUUAAAAUAUUUGUCACUUUGAGGUGUAAUAAAAAAGAAUAU